AUGGCAUCUACAAUCAAGCCGUACAAAAUCGAGGUUCCCGACUCCAAGAUCGAAGAGCUGCACGCCAAGCUUGACAUCGCCAGGUUCCCGCCAGCUUUCGCACUCACCGACAGCUGGGACUAUGGCACCCCCGUUUCUGAGGUGGAGAGGCUCGUCCAGCGCUGGCGUAAUGGGUUCGACUGGCGCGCUGCGGAGGCCAAGCUGAACGAUCUGCCUCAAUUCACGACGACCAUCUCGGUAGAUGGCUUCGGCGAUCUCGACAUCCACUUUGUGCAUCAGAAGAGCAAGCAGCCUGGGGCUGUUCCCUUGAUUUUUGUUCAUGGCUGGCCCGGCAGCUUCCUCGAAGUCCUCAAAAUCCUGCCCUUGUUGACGACGGAGAAGAAUGGGCUUUCAUUCGAUGUCGUCGCGCCUUCACUCCCCAAUUUUGGCUUUUCCGAUGGUCCGGAAAAGCCAGGCUUUCGCUUGCCUCAAUACGCUGAGGUUAUGCACAAGGUCAUGUUGAAGCUCGGCUACGAGCAAUAUGUCACCCAAGGAGGUGAUUGGGGUUUCGGCAUCACCCGUUUCAUGGGCCUUCAGUACCCAGACCACGUCUUGGCCUCGCACAUCAACAUGGUUUCAGCAUCCCCACCAUCAUUGUUGAAGAACCCAUGGCAGUACAUCAAGAGCUUGCUUCCCUAUACCGAAAAAGAGAAGAAGGGUAUUGAGAGGAGCCAGUGGUUCAAACAGGAAGGCUUUGGCUACAACCUUGAGCAGAGCACCAAGCCCUCGACGUUGGGUCUCGCAUGGGCCGACUCCCCGGUCGCGCUGUUAUCAUGGAUCUUGGAGAAGUUGCACGACUGGACCGACAGUUACCAGUGGACCGAUGAUGAGAUCCUGACGUGGAUCUCCGUCUACCAGUUCUCCAAGGCCGGCCCCGAGGCGAGUGCGAGGAUCUACUACGAAGUAGCCCACCCAAGUAGGCCGACGGAGCACAUGACAUGGGUCCCACGUGUGAAGCUUGGGUUGUCCAUCUUUCCCAUGGACCUGACAGUACCGCCGUUGAGCCAUGCCAAAACGCUGGGUCCUGUCGUGUUCGCUGUUACACAUGGGGAUGGUGGCCACUUUGCCGCGCAUGAGAGACCAGAGAUCCUUGUAAAAGACCUAAGAGAGAUGUACAGCAAGGGUGGUGGUGCACAUGAUAUUGCGGAAAAGUUGUCGAAGCAAUGCCUUCUGGCAAAGCUGUAG